AUGGGAGCACAGAUAUCGUUGGUAUCGACGUCUGCUGCCACAGUCAGUAUCGAGGCCUAUGUGGCAGAGCUCAACGACAUUCUCUAUGAAAAGAAGCUUGGCAACUCUCGGUUUCUCAAGACCAUCCAAGGCUCGAGGAUAGACAGCAAUGAGAGCGUGAUUGUCAAGGUAUUCAUUAAGCCCAGUCCACGGGUGGAUCUGAGCAGCUACGGAAAGCAGCUUGAAAACCAACGGAAGCUAUUGGCAGAUGUGCCCAAUGCAGCACCUUACCAGCGACUAUUGGAGACGGAGCGAGCAGGAUAUCUGGUGAGGCAGAAUUUUAAGACCAAUCUUUACGACCGAAUCAGCACCCGACCGUUUCUGGAUCUCACCGAGAAGAAGUGGAUUGCAUUUCAACUGCUCAAGGGCCUAGAGCAGUGUCACGCCCGAGGCGUGUUCCAUGGUGACAUCAAGAGUGAAAACACGCUUGUGACGUCGUGGAACUGGGCUUUGUUAUCGGAUUUUGCACCCUUUAAGCCAGUUAGCUUGCCGUCAGACGACCCUUCGUUCUUCUCCUUUUUCUUCGACACCUCAUUACGGCGAACAUGUUAUCUUGCGCCUGAGCGCUUCGCAGACGUCAAUUCUUCCAGUCCCCAGAGCGCGCCCCAGGAGAUGGAGCUUACCGGAGCUCAUGAUGUGUUCAGUUUGGGAUGCGUGAUUGCAGAGCUGUUCUGUGAAGGUACCCCUAUUUUCUCCCUGUCACAACUCUACAAGUAUCGCCAAGGCGAGUACGAGCCGCAGCUGGAUGGAAUCGAGGACGAAGGAACACGGGAUAUGGUACGAAGCAUGAUAUCUCUCAAGCCUGAAGACCGGCUUAGUGCAUCUGAAUAUCUGAACCAGUUCAAGGGAUCUGCAUUUCCUCCAGAGUUCUACGACUUUGUGUACGACUUCAUUUCGUCAUUGACGUACAUGAAGGGCCCCACGGCGUGCGACGACCGAAUUGAAAGCAUUCACCUCAACUUCAAAAUGACACCCGAGUGGGGUGUGCCAAAGAAGUCGGACUUGGCAUUUGCUCUGCCACCCACAGAGGAGAGCGUCACAAUCAACCUACCAGGUGUCAAGGAUUGGGUUAUCAGAGACCUUCAGCACGAAGCAGAUGAACUUCCCUUAAUUUAUUUAUCGGUCAUUUUCACGGCCCUUAAACACACUACCUCCUCCAUCAGUCGAAUAAAGGCCUGUGACCUCAUUCUCAUGUUCUCGCAAUUUGUCAACGAUGAGGUUCGACUCGACAGAACUUUACCUUAUCUGGUUUCUCUUCUCAACGACUCAGUGGCUGUUGUUCAGGUAGCUGCCAUCCGCAGUGUGGCUCAUCUCAUGAAAAUGGUCCAAGCUAUCACUCCUUUGAACAAGACUGUCUUCUCCGAGUACCUGGUACCUAGAUUAUUGCCACUAAUCAAUUCUAAUGAGGUGAUUGUAAGAGAAGCUCUGGCUCUUUAUCUCCCCUUGUUUGCCAAGACUGCUGGCCGUCUGGCUAACAUGACUACAACCAUAAACGGCAACAAGACACAGAACGUUAAUACUGAGAGGGAGGAGUUGGUGGAGUCUUUUGAAGACUGUGCGGUUGGACUGAUCACAGACACAGAGCCAGUCGUCAAGGUAGCACUACUGAAGAACAUCCUGGACCUUGCUGUUUUCUUUGGCAAGCGAAGAACCAAUGAUGUGCUUCUCAGUCAUCUCAUCACAUAUCUCAAUGACCGAAAUUACGCCUUGAGAUUGGCAUUUUUCGAUGCCAUGCUAGAAUUGGCUCCUUUUAUCGGUGCAGUGUCGUUGGAGCGAUACAUACUCCCACUCAUGAUUCAGACUCUCGCUGACAGCGAAGAGGCCGUUGUGCAUAAGAUCAUGAGCGUGUUGUGUGUGUUCGCCGAGCUGGGGCUAAUUCGAAAGGCAGUCAUUUGGGAGACUACUGGAAUUGCUCUCAAGCUCACUCUGAGUCCCAACAACUGGAUCCGGUUGGCUGCCUUCAAGUUUGUCCAUGUCUGUUCGCUGUGGCUGAACACUGCUGAGAAGUUCUGUCUCUUGUUUCCCGCUGUUCGUCCAUACCUGGCAAACGAUGUGACAGAUUUCGAUCUUGAGACUCUGUACUUCAAUUCCAAGAAGCCGCUCAGCCGAGCAGUGUUUUCUCUGGCUAUCACGUGGGCUGGAAAGAAGAGCUCCAACUCACUUUUCUGGGAUAUGGAUUCAAAACCCACGCCCCAUGAGUCCCUUGCUCAAAGUCUUGUUCUUUCUCAACUUCCCGGUCAAAUGAGCAACUUUGCUGUGAGCACUGUCAAGAUGGACGCCAGCAACAUGACGUACGACUCUAUUCCUCGGUCCCCAGAAGACGAUAUCUGGAUUGGAAAACUGCAAAAUAUUGGUUUCGAUACAGCAGAUCUCUGGAAGCUUGCAACCAUGAGACCAUACAUCUUGCAAUUGGCAGGUCAGAUUGCACAAACCAGGGAGGAGAACGACGCUGGAGCUCUGGAUCUCGAUGGAGUUCCACUUAACAACAUCUUCUUGAAAGAGGGCGUGACCUUCCCUGAUGAAACCAAACCUGCCACAUUCUCCAGUUAUGACGGCAAGGACGUCUAUGUUCAGCAGAUGCUUCACCAAGCUUACCUGGAAGCCUCCGAGUCUAUCAGAGAGAACCCCGAGGGCGCUGUUGAGACUCAGACUAUGAACUCGAAGCGAUGGAAGCCUACUGGUACACUGGUCGCCAUCUCCAACGAACACACGGCUCAGAUUAACCGAAUAGUCGUUAGCCACAAUCAGCAGGUGUUUGCUACUGGCUCUGACGACGGCACUGUCAGGAUAUGGGAGAGUGACAAGCUCGAGAAGAACGUAAUCUUCAAGAGCUGUCUUACUAUUGACCUCCAAUCAAAGGUCAAGGCACUUGCAUUCGCCACAACCAAUAUCCUUGUUGCAGCCACCGAGUCCUCAAAGUUGGUGUUAAUCAAACUUGUAUUCGAAAAGGAGAGAUGCAAGCGAUACGAGAUCAUGUAUACCCACAAGCUCCCUAGUGGCUACUGCACCUGGCUGGAGCUGCAUAGACAAACCAUGGUCAUGUGCACUACCAGAGGCCGUGUUGAGGCUCUGGAUAUCAGAGGUAUCGAGGAAGGCUCUGUAUCUCUUACCUUGCUUUAUUCUCUCGAGAACCCCCCUCACUACGGUGUCCCCACAACCUUUGCAGUUGAUAAGAGAGGCAAUUGGCUUGUUGUUGGAACGUCUCGAGGUAUUCUUACUCUCUGGGACCUUCGAUUCCAGUUGCUGGUCAAGUCUUGGGGCAUUCCAGGUCGAAAGACCAUACAUCGUAUCUGUCUGCAACCCAGAGGUCGUGGAAAGCGCAUCUUCGUCUCUGGCGGCUCUUCUGGCGGUUUGGUGACCGUAUGGGAUAUCGAACGAGGCACCUGCAGCGAGAUUUAUCAACCAUACAACUCCACCGUCGACACCAUGAACUUCGAGCCUGUCCAGGUAGACAGUGAAGAGUUCCAGAGCUUCUAUGGUGAGGCUGUAGCCGAUGAAGGUAUUCUAGAGGAGGAUAUUCAAGACGGAGAGGACUCCAAGUCGCUAAUUGCCACUUCUCUCACUCUCACUGACGAUGGCAAGUAUGCUUACUUUGUCUAUUCAACCUCCGACAGAAUUGUCCGUCUCUGCGACAUAAGCUCGCCUGAGAACUCGUGCGUUGUGUGUGGACUAGACGAGGAUGGCUGCCGAGUGCAAUACUCGCGGUUCCAGUCUCAUCCCAAGAUGGUUACUAUCAGUGAGAAGCUAGUGUCUCCCGUGGUGAACAAGAAACGCGUUGGAAAACCCUCUCGAUUCUCCAUCAUUUCUGCUGAGCAACAACGGAGCUUCAAGAACCACCAGGAUCUUAUCACCGACACAGCUAUUCUUUUGCGACCAUACGAGAUGAUCCUGUCUGUGGAUCGAAGUGGUUACCUCAGGGUCUUCUCCUAA